AUGGUAAGAGAAGGUGUAGUUUUAGGGCAUCUUAUUUCUGAGAGGGGAAUACAGGUUGAUAAAGCAAAAAUUGAUGUUAUUUCGUCUCUGCCUUAUCCCGCAUCUGUGUGGGAGGUGCGAUCUUUCCUUAGACAUGCAGGUUUUUACAGGAGAUUUAUCAGAGACUUCAACACGAUUGCUCUGCCACUGUCUCAUCUUUUGCAGAAAGACGUACCGUUUUUAUUCACUAAUUCAUGUAAGGAGGCGUUUGAGGAGUUAAGGAGGAGACUCACUACAACACAUAUCAUGCAGCCACUAGAUUGGAAGUUUUCCUUUGAGUUGAUGUGUGAUACCUCUGACUUUGCACUUGGAGCUGUAUUAUCUCAGAGAGUUGGUAAAUUUUCACAUGUUAUUUCUUAUGCCUCUAGAACUCUUGAUGCAGCUCAGAUAAAUUAUACCGCCACUGAGAAGGAGCUGUUGGCUAUUGUAUUUGCAUUAGAUAAAUUCCGUUCUCAUUUGCUUGGCUCCAAAAUAACUGUCUUUACAGAUCAUGUUGCACUGAAAUUCCUAUUGAAGAAGCCAUAUGCUAAACCCAGAUUGAUCAAAUGGAUGCUUCUUCUGCAGGAGUUUAAUAUUGAUAUAAAAGACAAGAGUGAUGUGUUGAAUCAGGUUGCUGAUCACCUAAGUCGUAUUGAAGGGACCAUUGAUCGUUUACUUAUUUGUGACAGUUUUCCUGAUGAUUAUUUAUUUGCUUUGUAUUCUAUAGAAUCUGUACCCUGGUUUGCUGAUAUUGUAAAUUAUUUGGUUACUGUUAUUGUACCUCCUGAUGCAUCUAGAUCCCAGGUUGAUAAGCUUAAGAGCAUUGAUUUUAUGGGUCUUUUUCUUGUUUUUGCUGGAUAUUCUUACAUCCUACUUACUGUUGAUUAUGUGUCUAGAUGGGUGGAAGAAAAGGCCACAAAAACUAACGAUUCUAAAGUUGUUUCAAAUUUUCUCUAUACUCAUAUAUUUUGUAGGUUCAGUGUGCCUAAGACUGUCAUCAGUGAUCAGGGAAGUCACUUCUGUAACAUGACCAUAGCAGCAUUGCUCCAAAAGUAUGGGGUUACACACAGAGUUGCUACACCAUAUCAUCCCCAAACUAAUGGGCAAGCUGAGAGGACAGCUUACCGGACACCAUUAGGUAUGUCUCCAUUUCAAGUGGUGUUUGGUAAAGCAUGCCACCUUCCGGUGGAAAUUGAGUAUAGAUCAUAUUGGGCUGUAAAGAGUUGUAACUUGACACUUGAGCAAGCUAGAAUUGAAAGGAAGCUCCAACUUCAGGAGCUUGAAGAGAUACGCUUGCAAGCCUAUGAGAAUUCUAGAUUGUAUAAAGAGAAAGUUAGGAGAUUUCAUGACACACAUAUUCUGAGGAAAGAGUUCUUUGUAGGCGAGAAAGUGUUAUUGUUCAACUUUCGGUUAAAAUUGAUUGCAUUUGAGAUUCAGGAUGAAGCUACCAGCAAGGCUUUUAAAGUAAAUGGUCAUCAGCUGAAACUAUUUUGGGAGAGCAAACCAGUGGAGUCAGCUCAGAACAUAGUUGAUUUAUCCUUAGUGGAGUCGACUUUGAUGGAGGAUGUGUCUACAUAG